AGCUGCAGCACCUUCAGAAACACUGCUGCAUAAACGUCGUGUUUUGUCGACACGUCUCCGUGGCACUCCCUAACAGACAGGAAGUCCGCUUGGACAGACAGGAAGUGACCCGGGCUCUGAACAGAAUGUUCCGCAGCGUGGGGCAGGAAGUGCCUGGUCAUGUGACUCUGGAGGAAACGUGCAGCCUGAUGUUCCUGAUCAACGACCGGAGCGGAUCUGGAUUUAUUUCAUCUGCCUCUCUUCAGACGUCUCUGAUCGCCCUUUCAGCAGAAACUCUUCACAGGAAGUACACAGCUCUGGUGGGUGUAGCGCAGCGCGGCUCCGGCUUCGUCAGCCGCUCUGGUCUAAAGGCUUUGCUUCAGGAUCUGAGCCAGGUUCCCGCGGCGCUGCAGGAAGAAGGAUCGUUCGGGGACGUCGAGGCGGCGGUGAGCUCUUGUUUCGAUGGGGUGAGAACAGGAAGCAGACUGCUGAUUGGAGGUCGUCAUGGCGACACGGCCAGCAGAGAACACGUGUUGUCAUGGCUACGGGGCGAGCCUCUGCUGUUGCUAUGGUUACCCACUCUGUACCGCCUGUUCAUCAGUCAGGACGUCCGCCACGCUGUCUGCUGCCACACCUGCAAGACCCGCCCCUUCACUGGCCUCAGGUAUCGCUGUAUGAAGUGUGUGAACGUACACUUGUGUCAGAGCUGCUACCUGACGGACAAACACACAAGGAAACAUAAAACACACCAUCCUGUGCUGGAGUUCUGCUCUCAGCCCACCUGGAGGGAGUCUCUGUCGUCGUUAGCACACAGUGCUCGUUACACACUGUUGCCACAGAGACAGACCCAGAGGAUGGAGGACAGGAUGCAGGGCCUGGAGUGGGCGCGGCCUCAGGACAGCCCCCCGCCCUUGUCUGAAGACUCAGUCUCCCAGGAUGCAUCAGUGCAUCCUCCCAUCUGCUCCUCCAAAGCUCUGCAGACGGAGGAGGAGCCUCCGCAGCUGAAGGCGUCUGUCCUGUUGACUGAAGUCAGGAACCUACAGAGAGACAAAUGGUGA